AUGAAUGAAACAAAUUCAGAGGACGAAGAUGGGAGAUUGGAUACAAAUCUAUCGGACACUUUCGAUGACAAACAUGAUAAUUUUAGAUUAUUUAAAGCGUAUAAAGAAGGUCAGUUGGAUUUGAACAUUUUAAGUACACAGGAAGCAAUUUCAGCUGCGACCGCCGCAACAGUUGAUAAUGCUACAAUGUCAUCAACAUUAACAUCAAAAAACGGUCAAAAAGAUGAGACUUCUUCAAAUCAAGGUAUGCCGAAAUCUUGGUGUGCGCCUCAGUCAUCAUCUAGUGAAACAAACCAAUCAGUAUCUCCUAACAAACAGUUUACUUUGGGUUCACUUUUGAAACCUAACUUGAUAAGUGAUAUUGCUAAACCUGUUUGUGAAUCUCAGCUGCCAUCUCUAUCACGCGUUCUUGUCUCAUCUGCUAACUUAGCGGAAGAAAACAAGAGCUUACGUUAUCAUAAUUUAAAUCCUGAAUAUAUAUUUGAACGUUUACGUCAAACAAAACAACAUUAUCAAUUAUCUGUACUUCUUGUUCAAGUGGAUGUAGUAAGUUUAUUAAGUUUACUACAAUUAAAGAAAACAGUUUUUUUCAAGCCAGAUCCAUACUAUCCUUUAAAAGAGUUGUGUAAAAUUUGUUGGACUGAAAGAUUAACCUUGAUGUUGGCUUGGAAUAUGGAAGAAGCAGCAAGAUAUUUAGAAGCUUAUAAAGCCUUGGAAAACAAACCUCCAGAUAACUUAAUGGUAGAGCCAGCCGCACAAACAGAUCAUAUCGCACAAGUUACAGAUUUCUUAACUUCGGUUCGACGUAUCACAAAAGCUGAUGCUGUUUCAGCGUUGAGAAAAUUCGAUACUGUAGCCGACAUAAUACGAGCUGAUCAAUCAACUUUGGAGAAGUGCCCUGGUUUCGGUCAGCUUAAAGUAUGUUGA